AUGAAGACGACACUUGUCAGCUUGCUGGCUGCUGUCCUGUGUGUGGAGCAAGCUUACCCAUUUAUGUGCUAUGUGUGCCAGGAGCAGGAGUCCAAGAAGGACUGUAUGACCAUCUCCAUGUGUGCAGAGGAAGACAAAUACUGCGUGACUGUCAGUGACAAGGUUGGGACAGACCCCAACAAGCCUAAAUAUGUCAUCUCUAAGAUGUGUUCUCCAACGUGCCCAGCAACGAGUCAGCAGCAAAACCAAACUGAUCAGGUGGUUUCUUGCUGUGAGAAACCAUUAUGCAACGUGAAUGGAGCCAGCAGCAAGCAAAGCAGCUCUGGAGUGAUGUUCCUGGCCGUCCUUGCCAGUAUCACUUACAUCCUUGCACGUGGACUGUGA